AUGUUCGCCCAGCAGUUCGACCACUCUUUCAAUGACAUAUUUAACCAAUACGUCGAUGUGGAAUCCUCAAGCGCCGAUGGCAACAAAGACGUUUCAUUCCCGAGCGGCGACUUUGACCAACUGUUCCCACUCGACUCAUUGUCAAGUGACUGUGGCGCCCUUUCGUCGCCCACUAUUUCCCCCUCCAACAAGCGCCGCCAGUCUCCCCAGCCCUGGAGUACUCCUACUCAAGACCUCUGGAGUCUGCCGCAAGAGACCGGCGCUGCGUCAUCUUCGUCUGUCGAUCAGGGCACCUUCUCUUUUCAUGACACAGUCCAACCUUCUGCCGUGUCUAGUUUGAGUCUCAACCUUGACGCACAGUCAUCCUCCUCUUCUUCCCGACCUGCAGCAGCUCAUGGGUUAUCCUCCACCUCGCUGUCGACCCCUCCCGAGACGCCCCGCAAGAAAGUUUGUACGGGUAGUGGUAUAACCACUCCCAAGUCUAUCCGUCAUCACCAGGAUACGGGUGACCGCCGUCGCCUGCUGCGCAAGCAGAGCUUCUCCCCCAGUUUGACGCGCUCUUCGCGCGCACAAAAAGCUAGAAUGGCAUAUUCUGAUGCUUCUGCCCCGCGCUUCCACAACUUCAGUCUCCAUAGCACAGACGACCGUCUACCGUUGUCUCCGCCACCAACCGAUCUUCUCGCGCAGCACGAGAAUCUCUCUGCAGAUAACGCAACCAACCUGAACGGCUCGUCGGAUCGUUUUUCUGGUGAUCCCGCCGAGAUGCCUCAGCAGUACGACUCGAGCAUCUUCAACCAAUCUCCGGCCAUUUCUAUGCCUUCGCCCUCGGCGAGUGCAUUGGCCAGAAGACAACAGAAAUACAUGAGCCAACCAAACAGCACUACAUUGACCUCCAGUCCUCCCUCAGCUGAUGAAGUCUUUUCCUCUCCGCACUCUUCGGGCUCCCAGUCCUUGUCUUCAUGGUAUUCUGAUUCACUUGCUCCAUCCGCUUUCUCCUUCACUCCCGACCUCAACCACGAUGCGCAGCAGUGGUGGUCCCCCAUGGCAUCGCGAAUCGCACAGCAGCAUCAGUCCUCGUAUCAACCGAUGCUGGAAGCGCCGACUCCCCAAAGGCCCAUUGCGAAUCACGACCAGCACAACGACAUUCUGCAAGGAGGACUUAUGAUUCAGUUUGAUCCCUCCUUCGACAUGCCUGCACCGGCAGAGCCAUCAUUUCCUCCAUCAACCAUGUCUUCCUCGGCACCGGCUGCGACUCAGGAGAGCCAGACCUACCAUCCCGUUUCCAACACACCUCAGAAAUACAUCAACCCCUCCUUCGCCGCGUCUACUCCUCAAAUCCAGCACCACACCCGGUCGCCCUCUCUCUCCCCAAAGAACAACGGUGCUAGUACAUCACCGAAGAGCGGCUCAACAACAGCAACAGCAACACCACGCACAGGAACCGUGAUGAGAACGCCACACCGCCGCAGCUACGAGCGCAAAAUGUCCGCUCCCUCGAACACACCCAAAUCCGUCAAGACAACCAGUCCUAGGGGCUCCAACAAGUCCGUGUCCGUGUCUUUUGUCAACUUCACCCCGAGUGACAGCAAGAAGAUCUUGACGGGGGUUGCACCCAGUGGUAGCUCCAAGACCAAGGCGAGACGUGAGCAAGAAGCGCGCGAUCGCCGACGCAAGCUGAGUGAGGCUGCGUUGAAGGCUGUGAGAAAUGCGGGCGGUGACAUUGAUGCUUUGGAAGCCGUGCUGUGUUGA